AUAUAUUAUUCUUUAGUGCCAACUAAAUGAUUCUAUUGAAUCCGUGAAGUGGGAGCCUAGCCUUUCUCCUUUUGGGAUGGAAAAGUUUUGUGUUCUUUCUGUAUGUGUUCUGUUCUUGGUUUCUCUGCUUCAUGGAGGGCUAGCCACAGUUGCAAGAACCCAGGAUGGAUCAGAAGCUUGGGGAUAUGUAGAAGUGAGACCUAAAGCACAUAUGUUUUGGUGGCUUUAUAGAAGUCCUUGUAGAGUUGAAAAUCCCUCCAAGCCAUGGCCAAUCAUUCUUUGGUUGCAGGGUGGACCUGGAGCAUCAGGUGUUGGUUUAGGGAAUUUUAAAGAAAUUGGGCCACUGGAUGUUAAUCUGAAGCCAAGAAAUUCAACAUGGCUAAGAAUGGCUGAUCUCUUGUUUGUGGAUAAUCCAGUUGGUACAGGAUACAGUUUUGUCGAGGAAUCAAAUUUAUUUGUGAAAACUGAUGAAGAUGCAGCAAUUGAUUUAACCACAUUGUUGCAGGAAAUAUUUAACAGAAAUGAGAGCCUACAACAAAGUCCUUUGUAUAUAGUAGCAGAGUCUUAUGGAGGUAAAUUUGCAGUAAGUCUUGGAUUAUCAGCUCUAAAAGCUAUAGAAGCAGGCAAAUUGAGGGCUAAACUUGGAGGAGUGGUAUUGGGUGAUACUUGGAUCUCCCCAGAAGAUUUUGUGCUUUCAUGGGGUCCCCUUCUCAAAGAUAUCUCAAGAUUAGACAACAAUGGUUUUGAAAAGGCUAACAGUGUAGCAGAGAGGAUUAAGCAGCAAAUCCGUAAUGGACAGUAUGUUUCUGCAACAAGUUCUUGGGCUGAACUUGAGGGAGUAAUUAGCAGAAGCAGCAACUUUGUGGAUUUCUACAAUUUUCUUUUAGAUUCUGGAAUGGACCCAGUUUCUCUAACAGCAGCAGAAAUGAUACAAGGGAUAGCAAUGAAGAGGUACAUCAGAUACCUCAGCUCCUUGAGGUCAUCUGCUGGUGGUGUUGGUAAUAUUAAUAGCUUGAUGAAUGGUGUUGUUAAACAAAAGUUAAAGAUUAUCCCAGAGAACAUCAGCUGGGGAGGACAGGCAGAUGAAGUAUUCACCAAUCUGGCAGGUGAUUUUAUGAGACCAAGGAUUAAUGAGGUGGAUAAGCUUCUAGCUAAAGGGUUAAAUGUGACUAUAUAUAAUGGGCAACUUGAUUUGAUAUGUGCAACCAAAGGCACUGAAGCAUGGAUUCAAAAGCUCAAGUGGGAAGGGCUUCCUAGCUUCUUGAAGAUGGACAGAACCCCUCUGUACUGUGGUGAUGAUAGACUUACAAGAGGAUUUACUAAGUCUUACAAAAACUUCCAUUUUUAUUGGAUUCUUGGAGCUGGGCAUUUUGUACCAGUAGACCAACCCUGCAUAGCAUUAAACAUGGUGGGGGCAUUCACACAGUCUCCAGCAGCAAUAACUUCUGCUUAGAAAAGACAAAGGAGAAAUGUUGCCGACACAUGAAAUCAAGAAAUGGAUUUACAGUACACAAAAGCUGAAUCAACGAGCAAAAUUCGUACAGGAGAAAGGAGAAAGUUGCUCCAAAUAAUUUUUCUUGUUUUAAUUUCUUUUCCUAUUUUUUGUUUUUCCUUUUUAAUUUUUUUACUUGACCAUUCUUAUUCAAUUACUUGACCAAUUUAGAGGUUUAAAUUCCUUACUAGAUAAAAAUUUUUUUUUAAUCCAAAAUAAAAUCAGUAAUUCUCUUGUAGAAGCAAAAUAAAUUUAAGUAUUGAAGAGAUUCUCUAUA